GUCUACACACUGGCGCAGGCUCUGCUGCGGGAGCCUUGCACUCCGCAGCAGGGAAACUUUGUAUUCCGCAGUGUUUACGCUGAUCAGACCUAAGAAAAGCUGAAAAGCGCUUUCUGUGCCAGUGCCCGCCCCUAGGCUGUAGCUGCUUGCCAGUAGGAAGAAGAGCCUGUCUCCUCAAGGACACGGAACCAGUCGCCAGAUUCCUAAUUUGGGCCAGAGUCGUCUGUCUGCUACCUUUGAACCGUUUCUGCAGCAAACAUGGCCGCCUUCGUGAAGCUCAGUACCAAAGCCAAGAUGCCCAUUGUGGGCCUGGGCACCUGGAAGUCUCCCCCAGAUAAAGUCAAGGAAGCUGUGAAGGCAGCCAUUGAUGCUGGAUAUCGCCACUUUGACUGUGCCUAUGUGUAUCAGAACGAGAGUGAGGUGGGAGAAGCCAUCCAAGAGAAGAUCAAAGAGAAGGCUGUGAGGAGGGAGGACCUCUUCAUCGUCAGCAAGCUGUGGCCCACCUUCUUUGAGAAAAGCCUGGUGAAGAAAGCCUUCCAGAAAACCCUCUUGGAUCUGAAGCUGGACUAUCUGGACCUGUAUCUAAUUCACUGGCCACAGGGAUUUCAGUCUGGAAAUGUCUUUUUACCCACAGAUGAUAAAGGCAAUGUUCUCACCAGUAAAUAUACAUUCUUGGAUGCUUGGGAGGGCAUGGAGGAACUGGUGGACCAGGGGCUGGUGAAAGCUCUGGGCGUCUCCAACUUCAACCACUUCCAGAUCGAAAGGCUCCUGAACAAGCCUGGACUGAAACAUAAGCCAGUGACCAACCAGGUCGAGUGCCACCCUUACCUCACCCAGGAAAAACUGAUCCAGUACUGUCACUCCAAGGGCAUCGUGGUCACAGCCUACAGUCCCCUGGGCUCCCCAGACAGGCCUAGUGCCAAGCCUGAGGACCCUGUAUUGCUGGAGAUUCCCAAGAUUAAAGAAAUUGCUUCAAAGCACAAGAAAACUGCAGCCCAGGUUCUGAUCCGGUUCCAUAUAGAGAGGAACGUGGCCGUGAUCCCCAAGUCUGUGACACCCUCCCGCAUACAAGAGAACAUUCAGGUCUUUGACUUCCAGUUGAGUGAGGAGGACAUGGCCGCCAUUCUCAGCUUCAACAGGAACUGGAGGGCCUGUGGCCUGUUUGCGGCAAGUCGUAAUGAAGACUUCCCUUUCCACUCGGAAUACUGAAGCUGAAUUACCUGAUGCGUUCCCGUGGAGGACACUCUUCACUGAUUUCCAACCUACCCCUCCUGAAUCCUAUUUCUUGCCAAGCCUAUCGGAUAUCAUACCGGGCCAGCCGUGAUAGGGUAAUUCUCAUUUACAUUCUUGUGUUCAACUAGAAUCAGACUGACACAGGAAAAUGCAACUCGGCAAAGGACAAUGUUGUUCACUAAUUUGACCUGACUGAAUGUUUCCCAGACACCAGGAGCACUAGUUAACACUGAAGCUUAAAAGGAUAAAAUAGUAAAAGUAGCAAUAGUCAUACACAUUUUCAACAGAGUGCUUUUCGAAUGAUGAACUCAUUGGGUUCAACUCUCAUUAUUCAUACUUUACAGUGAGAAAAUGGAGGCACGAGGGAGCCAAGACCUUGCUGACGCUCCCAGCUAGUCAGUAGCUAAAGCAAGUUUCAAAGGAAGGUGCUUCUCAGGAGAUCUCAGGGCAGUUUAAUACUCGUCCUCGUCCUCAUCCUCCUCCUUGUCCUCCUCCUCCUCUUCUUCCUCCCCUUACUCCUCCUCCUCCCCCUCCUCUUCUUCCUCCUCCCAAGUCUCCUCCUUUCCAGGCCCUCCUCUUUCUCCCAUGACUUUCUGGACUCUUCCAUUUUGCCUGUAAUAUGGCUUCAUGCCAAAGUGUCAAAGCUGUUGGUUCAGUAGCCCUUAAAAUUCACAAACUGCCUACUCCUUGAGAGAAGUGGGGAAGUCUGGACAUGAAGACAUUUACUAUUGCCAUGAAGUGGAAAACAACUUUUAGAAACUAUUUUUAGAAAAAGAAUUUAGAAACUAUUCCAAUCAUCUAGAACUGUCCACAAAAGAGCAUAACGAGCGAUUGGCCACCCAGUUUACAAACUAAACUAUGCUAACAUUAAAAAAUAUUUUUAAAAAUCUUUAUUAAUUUACUUAUUUUUACUUUUCUUUUUCUUUUUAUUUUUUCUUUUCUUUUUUUUUUUUUUUGGUUCUUUUUUUCAGAGCUGGGGACCAAACCCAGGGCCUUGCACUUCCUAGGCAAGCGCUCUACCACUGAGCUAAAUCCCCAGCCCCUAUUUUUACUUUUCAAGACAGGGUUUCUUUGUGUAGUCCUGGAACUCACUUUGUAGACCAGGCUGGCCUCAAACUCAUAGAGAUAGGCCUGCCUCUGCCUCCUGAGUGCUGGGAUUAAAGGUAUGAGCCACCUCACCUGGCCCCAAAUGUUUUUUUAAAAGGAAAUUUAUUCAAGAACUAAGUGAUAGUCAGCACAGUGGACGACUACUCUGUAGAACCCCGUGCCGGUUUCCUAUGAUCAAUGACCACUGAAGAUCACUGUGUCACCCCAUUCUCUGCUUCCCAUAGGCCUAGUCAUGCUCACAUAAAUAUCCCGUGGGCCCAUGGUGCUGGGACAUGUGUGCACACUUGCAACCCAGGCUUCCUUGUCAGAUGGCUCCCUCUGUGAUUGCUCAGUGGGGGCUUCUGGUAGGAGGUUGAACGUCUGCAGAAAGAGAAAGGUAGUACAUCUGUCUUCUCUUAGUGGCAUUUCAGCAGAAGCGACAUUUCCUGAGUAACUCCACUGACUCCCCCUUCAUGCUUCCACAUAGAUUCUGAUCCUACCAGUUGACACCACUUCUGGGGUAGGACAUCCCUCUUCCUCCUGUGUCCUCUCAUCCCCAGGAUUGGCCGUCUCUUCCUGCUGCUGCCUACCUUGGAAUGACCUCAUACCCUCUUGAUUGAUGUCCCAGCUCUUCCAUCAAGGUUUCAGAUGGGUGAUGCACCCUGGUGAAGCUCUGAUGGUUCUUUCCUUGACCUUUUCUGGUUUGUGGUAGUUAUCAGAAUCCCCAAGGCUUUUUGCUUUGUAGCUGUUCCAGUUUCACGUCUCCAUCUGCCUUCCCAUGACAUUCUGAUACUAGUCAUUGGAUUGAUGAGCCACCUUCACCUUCCCUCCGGCCAAGACAAGAGCUGCGCUACCUUAGAGGGAAGCAGGUUUGUGAGAAUAAAACUACCUUCAAGGCUAGCCCCUUCUCUAAGAAACUCUUUUUUUACUGGGCUAUGGUAAACCUCACUUGGGAGGCAGAGACCAGCCUUGUCUAAGGAGUGAGUUCCAGGACAGCCAGGGCAACACAGAGAACCCCUGUGUCCAAGGAAAACAAAACAAAAACAAAAAGGGAAACUUUUUUCUUGCUGUUAAUUGUAAAACAAUAUUAAUAAUAAUGAGCUGACAUGGUAUUGCCAAGUGUUGACUCCCAGCACCAAGGAGGCUGAGGUAGGAAGAGUACAACAAGAUCCAGUCUGUUUCUGUCUCUCUUUCUCCUUCUCUUUCUCUGUCUCUGUCUCUCUGUCUCUGUCUCUGUCUCUGUCUCUGUCUCUGUCUCUCUCUCUCUCUCUCUCUCACACACACACACACACACACACACACACACACACACACACGUACAAAAGUGCCAGAACACACUGCCAGUUAAGUGUCCUCACACAGGUUCAGAGACAGAAGGACGUAUCUGUAAGUUGGAAGUCAUGACUUCCCUAACUAAAGUCUUAAUACUUCUACAUUUUCCAGAGUAAGUUCCUUUCUGCCUGUGGAGAUGUUGUUAUUCAGAGCCAGACUCAUUCUGACCCUGCACCCUCUACUCUUUGACCAAUUGCAGCAGUUCCUAAAGGCCCCAGGUCCCUUCAGUGACCAUUCUUUCUUUCUUUUUUUUUUUUUUAAUUUCAUUCAAUAUAUUCUCAUCCUUGUUUCUCCUCCCAGUUCCCGCCUCCCACCUCCCAACUGAACUCUACACCCUUUCUUUCUCUUUGUCUUUAGAAAACAAAUAGGCAAAAAAAAAAAAAAAAAAAAAAAAAGCCACAACAACAAAACCCAAAGCAAAGCAAGAAAAACAAGAAACAGCGUACACACAAUAUACACAAAAUCCCAUAGAAACAUAAGAACAGAAGCUAUUACUUUUGCCUGAGCUCUGACAGGAAAACUAUAACCUCAGGAAACCAAACCUUCCUGCUCCUGCUCUGAUCCCUUCAUUAAGGUGCAGCAUCUCAGCUCAGCUUCAUCUGUUCAUGAAUGAACAACACAAGAAAGCCCUGUCUCUGUGGAAGCUCUCAGGCUCUGGAGUCUUGAAACUUACGUCUGUUCUCCCAGGAAGCUGGGAGCCAAGCUCUGGGACAAGUAUGCAAACACUGACUGCAUCCUAAUUGUCAGCUGGUAACACCAUCCCUUUAGAAUUCACCAGACAAGGAGGCCCACACUCACAACUGCUAACUCUACCAGCUCUGAUGAGCUGAAGGGUUUGCUUUGGCCCAGGGGAGGCCUGUGGGGAAGGCCUGCCCUGGGGUGAGCCUGGGCUGGCAGCAGAGCCACAUCUAACUCAAGGGCAGGUCUAGCUGUGGGCCUUGGGCUGCAGAAGAGAGGAUGGGGCUGGUUAGGGAGCUGCAGCCUUGGUCAGCCAGCCUGGACUCAGGGAUUAAUAUGUAUUCAAGUUCUCCCAGUCUUCAGUGUUAUAGUCUAGCUAAUCCCAGGAAUUCUGCCCCCAGUGAAUCCUUAGGAAAUCCUGUGUUUAUAAAAGCCACCCUCAUGUGCUUUCCUUCUAUACAUCUCAAUUCUGAGUUCAGAGACACAAAAGCCAACAGUGAAUCUAGCUGGUUACACUAGUUACUUCUCUGUUGCUGUGAUAAGACAUCAGGACCAAAGCAAGUCUCGAACACCUCCUUUGGGCUUAUGUUCCAGAGGUUUAGAGCCCAUAAUGCAAGGCUGAGACAGCAGGGGAGCAUAUUGGCUGGACUGGAUGUUAAGAUUACAAGCAAAAAGUGGGGAGGGGAUGGAGAGAGAGGGAGAGGGAGAGGAGGAGGGAACAAUGGGUAGGCUAGGAUUUUUAACCUCAAAGUCUGCCCCAAACUGUGUACUUCUCCCAACAAGGCUUCACCAUUUAAACCUCUAAAGAGCAUCACCCCUGGAGUCCAGUGUUCCAAUGCUCAGUCUAUGGAAAGCAUUCUCAUUCAAACCACCCUCUGAUAUAUGUCUGAGUAUACAUGUACACUUGGGCCGGAGAGAUGGCUCAGCAGUUAAGAGCACUGAUUUCAAAUCCCAGCAACCACAUGGUGGCUCAUAACCAUCUGUAAUGAGGUCUGAUGCCCUCUUCUGGUGUGUCUGAAGACAGCUAUAGUGUACUUGCAUAUAAUAAAUAAACACAUCUAAAAAAGAGAAUAAGUACAGUUAAUGGAAGUCAUUGAACUUAGCCUGUCAAUUUCAAUUUUAUUGAUUUAAUAGUGGAGUAUCCUACUAAUUUAACAGUUAGCUGACAGAUGAAAGCAAUUUAAAAUGUCAGAAAGAGAAAAGGGCAGGUCUAGCUGUGGGCUUUGUGCUGCAGAAGAGAGGAUGGGGCUGGUUAAGGAGCUGCAGCCUGGAUCAGCCAGUGCCUUUCAAGUCUGGUAAGGCGUAGAGAUCACUGUGUACCUCCUGGCUGCAGUACCACAGUUUGGCUGGUGUUGCAAUACUACCAGGAACUCCAUUUCUAAUGAAUCCUUGGAAAAUGCUGUUUAGAAAACUCUUAUGUGCACACCUCUACUUCCUGUGCACCUCAAUUCUGUGCACUGUGACAGCACAGAACAGGCUGCUAUAGCCUUCAGCAAAGCAGGAAAGCCCUGCCCCAGUAUCAAAUCUAGCUUUAUGCUUAUGUUUAUGCUUAUGCUAUGCUCCUUUGAUUUUUUUUAAUAGAUAUAGUUGAAAUUUAAUCAAUUAGCAUGAAUAAUGUCUUCCAGGAACCAUAGUGCUUUGUGACACACUCCUUCAGCUUCUCCUGGAGGGGUCAUUCUGACCUUUUCUUUCUGACAAGCCUGGGUACAAUGGGUGUGUCCAACUCUAGGAUGGUCCCUUUCGAUCACCGACUUGAUUAGAGUAAGAAAAUAACCCAGCACAGUACUAAGGCACACCUCUGAGUUUGUUCAUGGAGGUUAUCUCCCGAGAGGAUUAACAGAGAGGCAUACCCAUCCUAAUGUUGGAGGCACGUUUCUGAGAGGUUGUUGAAUGAAAUGGGAAAGGGAAAUCCCAGCUGAAGGCCAGGCCCCCUUUUUUAUUUCUUCCCAUCUCCUGAUCAGGUUCUGAUAUGAGCAAGAAUCCUUACAUUCUUCCAACAUGGCCUCCCCACCACAACAGACUGCCUGUAGGCCAGAAAAACUACGCUUCCUCUGUUUUCUGCUAAGUAUUUCACAGCAGCAAUGAGAAAGAGAACUAAUACCACAUCCAAAGCCAGUCAAACCUUAACAGGUUCGUUUACCUGGCUAAAGAGAAAGACAAUGUAAGCCCUGGGGCUAAACCCAAACAAGACAGAGUUAGUACAAUGCCAAGAAAGAAAUGAUGUAAGAGUGAACAGCAGCAAGAGGCAGCCUUCUAUACUUUGUACCCCCAGAAAGGGAAACCAGGAUGAACUCACAUUGUUUCACCUUAGGAGACUCUGAACCCUGUGUACCAACAAUACAAAUAAUAUUAAAGGCAUCUCCUUUCUUUGCUUUCUUUUAUCUACUGCCCCUGAGCAACGUAUUUUAACUCUCUCAAUAUCUGCAAUCCAUUUUAGGAAAGCCACGACAUACCACUGUUGUGAAAUGUUUAACAAACAACGGAACUAUUUACCCAGUCCCCAUCUACAGUCUGAUUUCAGCUCUUUCAUAUAUGGGUUCUGACGUAGACAACUGUUUUCAGCAUCUUCUGGAGGCUGCUGGAGUCAAGAAUCCCAUUGAUGCCUAUCUGAGUUUAACCUGUUCUAGGAAAUGGAGAUAAGAGAGAGAUUGAUGGUCCCUGAGAUUAGCAGAGAAGAAAGAAUGGAAAGGGCAAGUAGGGGCCUUGGACAAAUCACCACCUUUGUGUCCAGAAUGGGGCUGAGAAGCUGAGAAGGGAGAGAAGCAAAGGCCCACAUAGCUCCCAGCUACAUCAGUACUAAGAAGGCACAGACAUGCUCCACUCUCUUUGUCACUCCUGCUGAGAUCAGAGAGCUAAAUGAGAAAAGGGCAUGAAAACAAAAUCUGUGGCAGCAUUAUAAAGCAGAGGAGUGGGUUUGCUGGGCAAAUAUUCUACCAACUGAGCUAUAUAGCUGCACCCACUCAAGUGGGGAUAUUAACAUAAAACACGUUUGUCAACUUGACAGGAUCUAGGAUAAAGGAAGGGACAAACCUCUAGCAUGUCUGUGAGGAAUUUUCUAGAUUAGGUUAAUGUCUCAGUUUGGAUUUUAUUGCUGUGAAGAGACACCAUGACCAAGGCAACUCUUACAAGAGCAAACAUUUAAUUGAGGGUGGCUUACAAUUUCAGAGAUUCAGUCCAUUAACUUCAUGGCAGGAAACAUGGCAGCCGACAGGCAGACAUGGUGCUGGAGAAGCUGGGAGUUCCAUAUCUUGAUUGGAAGGCAGCCAUCUGGAGACUCUCUCUGCAAGCUUCCUCUGCAGGAGGAAACUCUCCUUCAUCCUGGGUGGAGCUUACACAUAGGACAUCAAAGCCCACCCCACAGUAGCACAUUUUCUCCAACAAGACCACACCUAUUCUAACAAGGACACAAUUCCUAAUAGUGUCACUCCCUGUGGGGCAAGCAUUCAAAUACAUGACUCUAUGGGGGACAAACCUAUUUAAACCACUACCAAUAAUUAAGGUGGCAGGAACCACUCUAACUGGCUAGCAUCAUCCCAUGGGUUGAGACUCUAGCUAGCUGCAUACAUUCAUUUCUCUCUGCUUCUUGAGUUUGGAUGCAAUGUGAUAACUAUUCUACACUCUUGUCUCAAUGUCUUCCCUGCAUGGUAGACUGUGUUCUUUAAAACUCUAAGCUAAAACCAACCCUUCUUCCCUUAGGUUGUUUUUGCCAGGUAUUUUGCUAUAGCAAUAAGAAAAGUUAUAAAUGCCUAACUCUAACUCAUUUUUCUUUUGCUAAGAUUUUUCUUCUAGACUCUGUAUGCAGUUUUAACCAAGUGAAUUUUACUAUGCACGUGUAUUCAUCAGAAUAAAAAAAGGUAGAAACGUUUCUUAAAAUUAUAAAUGAGAGUAAACUGGUAAAUUCAUGAAGAUAGGAGUACCUAAGCAAAGGUUUUAUUAAACACUCUGAGGUUGAUUAAAAGUAGCAACAGGUUCCUUAUAAUAAAUCCCAUCAAGAAAUGGAGUCUCUUUCUAA